UCUCAUCAAAAUGCAUACACAUUCCAAGUCCUUCAUAUUACCAUUUGCAAUCAUCAGUCCUUUGUCUCCGACAGGAAAUAAAAAAUCCAUAAUUUCCAGUGACAAUAGAGGAAAUAACUCGACUGGAGGCCACAGUGUGUUGCAGUCAGUCAGUGCUUAUUACCCCAAAUCAUUUUAAUUAGGCUCGGGAGGAUGCGUCGCGACGGGCAAAAUGAAACGCCGUGUGUCAGCUGGGGACGGCACCUGUCAAUCAAUGCACCCCUUAUAAAGUCGCAGCGCUGUUGCGCUCAUGACUCUUUGGACACGCGCGCGCGGUCGAGUCAAGAGCAGAGCGCGAAGACGCCUCCAUUUAAACAAGUGCGCGCAAAUUAGAGAGAGAAAAUCUUCAUCUCUGCACAUUCUGCAUCCAUCGAUCUCCGUGGAAAUGGAGAAAUCACCGGGCGUGAACAUCAGCGCCGGGAACGGUUCCGUGGAUAGGCGCUCUUUUCUGGAGCAAAGCGGAUAUCAGCACUUGGAUCACGGAGACCUCAGGGUUUUGAUUCCGGUGGUCUUGGGAAUCAUCUGCGUACUCGGUUUCACCGGGAAUGUAACGGCUAUGGGAGUCCUGCUUACCAACGCGCGUAAAGGGAAGCUGUCCUUGAUCAACACGCUCAUUCUGAACCUGAUGCUGGCUGAUGGUCUGGUCCUGGCGUUUGCUGUUCCCUUCAAGGCUGCUGCUUAUUCCCGUGCAACUUGGACCCUGGGAUUGUUUGUCUGCAAGACCUGCGACUGGUUCUUGCACUCCUGCAUGGCUGCCAAGAGCUUCACAAUGGCCAUCAUGGCCAAAGCUUGCUACAGGUACGUCAGCAACCCUACCAAGCAGGUCACCUUCCGGUUGAAGACCAUCCUGGUGGUCCUGCUCCUCUCUUGGCUCCUGGCAUGUGUGGUCCCCAUACCACAGUGGCUCUUCGCCACCCUCCAAAGAGAAGCAAAUGGAGUGAUUUGUGUGCAAACAGUGCCAGCCGAUGCCCAUGACUUCAUGUCCGUGUAUGUCAAAGUGUACCCGCUAGUGACCUAUUGCACACCUUUGAGUUUCGCCCUGCUCUACUUCUGGAAGGCGUAUGGACGGUGCCAGCACAGGUCCAGCAAAACCCAGAACCUGCGAACGCAGAUCCGAUCCCGCAAACUGACUCUGAUGCUCUUCAGCUUGACCGUGGCCAUGGCCACCAUGUGGCUCCCGCAAUGGGUGUCCUGGGUGUGGAUGCGGCAUGCACUGGAAACCGAGGGCAUCUUCCCUCCAGUCCUUUUCACUCUGUCUGCGCAGCUGCUCAUGUUCUCCAUCUCUCUGGUCAACCCUCUCAUCGUACUGGCCCUGUCUGAGGAGUUCAGGGAGGGCUACAUUGGCCUUUGGCGCAGGCUCACUCUCCGCAAGCAACCGCCCAAAAGCAAGCCGGGGCCACACACCCCGACUGCCCCGAAGUCUCCCACCCCACGACCAGAAACAUCAGCCCACCUGCCUCCCCAUCAGCCUGGGCAAACAGAGGAGCAAACAGACCAGAGUGAAGAAAAACAGGAGAGCCCAAACAAGGAUGGAAUAGUGCUGCAAGACGUAGAGCAGUUUUGGCAUGAGAGGGAAUCUGGCUCCCAGUCGCAUGAAAAUGACCCUGUGCCAUGGGAACAUCAGGAUCCCAGGGAAGGAAAACAGUAAGACUCUCCUGUCCAUGUACUGUGUUAAAAUCAAUAUGAAAGAGAGGAUUAAAAAAAACAGACAACAGAUCAGACCUCACCUGAACUGAGCCCUUUCAGAAAUCAUUGUGGCUAAUCAUAAAUGAGUUAUGGUUUGAAUUUACUGAUUUUAUAUUGUGUUUUGUCCAAAUGUUAUGGUUUUCUC